AUGAAACCUAACAACUCCCCACAACGUCUUGUCAUUCGGAAGAUUUUGGUUCUUCUUGGUCCAUUGGUGGCUGUUCCCUUGUUAUUCUUUGGACCGGAAUACAGAUGUUUGUUCUCCAUAAUCUUCCUCUCCACAUAUUGGAUCGGGGAAGCGUUUCCCAUCGGAGUAACUUCCCUCUUCCCAUUGGCUCUCUACCCGAUUCUCCAAAUUGUUCCAUCCAAACAAAUAAGUCCAGUCUAUUUCAAGGAUUCGAUAGUCCUUUUUAUGUGCACUCUAAUCAUGGCAAUGGCAGUUGAAGCAACUGGAUUACAUCGACGAAUCGCAUUGAAAUUAUUGACGAAAGUUGGAGCAAAGCAACCAGUAAUGUUGCUCGGAUUCAUGUGCAUCACAAGUCUCAUUUCAUUCUUCGUCUCUGACACUGCAUGUACCGCCCUCAUGUGUCCAACAGCAGUUGCUCUUCUGAUGAGUAUGGCUGAUGCAGUUCAACAUUUAAAAGAAGGAGAUAAGAAGUUGAAGCCACCUCCAGAUGACGCAACGAUAGCAGAGAAAUUAAGAUUAGAUGAGAUGGCUCCACAAGAUUCUGGAUUCUGCAAAGCAAUGAUAUUGGCAUGUGCACAUGCUUCACUUAUCGGGGGAACUGCUAUCAUCACAUCGACUGGCCCAAAUUUGGUUUUUAGAGAAAAUAUUAAUAAAAGAUAUCCUGAAGGCCAGGUCACAAUGACAUAUUUACAAUGGAUGGUUUUUGCAAUUCCACCAAUGUUUUUCUAUUUAAUAGCAUCUUAUCUUAUUCUAGUGUGUUAUUUCAUGGGACCAUCCACACUUGUGAGAUGGUUUGAGAAGCCAACGAAAGAGGAGGCACACCUGAAGAAAGCUGUGGAAAAAAAUAUUCAGUCAAUGUAUGAGGAUUUGGGAGAUAUAUCAUGGGGCGAGAAGUCCGUGUUCACCUUUUUCGUCAUCCUCAUCGGAUCCUGGAUUUCUCGUGACCCCGGAUUUACCUCCGGAUGGGGAGACCUUCUACCUCACAAGAACUAUCUAUCUGACAGUGUAUCUGGUGUUCUCAUUUCAUGUCUUUUAUUCGUUUGGCCUAAAGAUCCAUUCGAUCCAAUUGAUCCAACUGCGCCGAUUCUCAAAUGGACUGAUAUGAAGAGCAAGUUCUCAUGGUCAUGUACACUUCUAAUUGGUGCUGGAUAUGCUAUUUCAGAGGGUGUGGAUAAAUCUGGAUUGUCUCAACUAAUUUCGUGUGGAAUGCGAAAGAUUUUCAUCGGAAUGAGCUCAAUUCCAUUGCAGUUGACCGUAACCACAACUAUCGUGAUAAUGACUGAAUUUGCAAGCAAUGUAUCGACAGGAAGUAUCUUCAUCCCGAUUGCUCUCGGAGUUGCCGAAUCGAUGGGUGUUCACCCUUUAUACCUUGCUCUUCCAACUACAGUAGCCUGCUCAUUCGCUUUCAUGCUUCCAAUUUCAACGCCUCCAAAUGCAAUCGUAUAUGACACAAAAGUGAUUUCAAUGAUCGAAAUGAUCGUUUGUGGAUUUCUUCUGAACAUUGCUUGCAUUAUAAUCACUUCACUAAACAUGAAUACAUGGACAUAUUUCAUCUUCUCUCUAAAUAAUUUCCCUGAAAACAUAUCAAUUUCUUCUUCGAAUUCUUCGUAUCCAGUCUGCUGA